GGCCAUGUCAGCAGAUGCUCACGUGCUGACAGCAGAGGAGAGGAACCAAGUUAUACUCGACCUUAAAGCAGCAGGAUGGUCAGAAUUAAGAGAGAGAGAUGCAAUCUUCAAAAUUUUUAACCAAGCCUUUGGCUUUAUGUCCCGAGUUGCUCUACAAGCAGAGAAGAUGAAUCCUCACCCAGAAUGGUUCAAUGCCUACAACAAGGUCCAGAUAACUCUCACCUCGCAGGACUGUGGUCAGCUGACCAAAGGAGACGUGAAACUGGCCAACUUUAUUGAAAAAGCAGCUGCUGCUUUGUGAUUUCUUUCAAAACCCAUGUAAAAUCUUAUAUACAUCUUAGGUCUAAUGCACUUUGUGGGUGAUUUACAUGAACAGAUUAAGCUGAAAAUUUAGUUCACCUUUGUAUCACAUUUUGUAAAAUCAGUGCUUAAAUACAAAACAA